AUGCCUAUCCCCCAUAUCCAUCUCCUCUGUAUAGACAAAGUGUUCAUCGAGGCAUUUUCCGUCGCCCGCACCAGACAUGGCCUCCCCCCGUCCGUCCAGGUGACGGUCCACCACUGCUCUCUGAGCCAGCUGCCGGCGUCGGUGCAGUUCGACACCAUCGUCUCACCGGCCAACUCGUACGGCCGGCUGGACGGGGCCUUUGACGACGCCAUAUCACGCGCCAUCUCACCUGUGGACGACUACCUGGCCCUGACGCGGGUGGCCCAGCAGGCACUGUACGUGGAGUGGCGCGGGUUCGCACCUCCCGGGUCGUGCACCCUGGUCGACCUGCCCGAGGAGUUCGCCGCCGCGGGUCAGUCCCGGAACGUGUGGGGGGUGCGGCGGCUGGCCCUGUGCCCUACCAUGCGGAUGCCCGAGGAUGUGCGCUGGGACAGGGAGGUCGUCUACAAGUGCGUCUGGAGCCUGCUGUGCGCCGUCGGGAAGAGGAGCGGCGGCGACGAGGUCAGGAGCUUGCUCAUGACGCCGCUGGGCACCGGGGUGGGGAGGAUCUCCCCCGACAGGUGGGCCGGCCAGCUGGUGCUCGCCAUAAAGCACUCCGUCGACGCCGAUGAGAACCCCGACGUGUGGAGCUCGCUGAGCUGGGAGGACUCGUCGAAGACUACGAUUGAGGUGCAGAAGACGUGGAUGGGUGAGGGCUUGUCGAGGUCUUGA